CGCAUAGAAGUAUAAACAAUAGACAAGUGUAUCCGGAAUCUGUAAUCAUUAUUGAGUGAAUAUCCAAGCCAAUGAUCUCCUAUUGGUCACAAUUUGAUCUCACUAAUUAAAUCGAUUAAAAUCAGAUUUCUAGAUUUUCCUUUGCCGGAAGGGGCGUCGCGGGCGAGUAAUAAAGAACGACGUUGAUGCCCCCGUCAUCCUCAUAUUCGCUCGUCGGGAAACAAAAGAGGAACAACAGAGCCGAAGAAGAUGUCGCACAUGACUGUCCUAGCUCUUUUAUGCAUGUGGGCACUGGUAGCAGUUGGUGGUAACGCACUUGAAUGUUCUCUGGUAGGCUCGUGCAACGCAACCAAAUGUGAAAGUGACCGUUGUUCUCCGGUAGGCUCAUUUGAGGCAGUGACGUGCAACGCAGUCAAGUGUGCAUGUAACCGUUCCAAGUUCCUCCAGAAUCUCAGCCCGAGUUGCAAAGCGAAAGUUCUUGCUGCCUUCUUUGAUAUCGAUUGUGAGAAGACGAAAUACAAAAGGUCCGAGAUAGUGAAAGAAAUACAAAAGGCGAGGGAUGACAAGGAAACUCAUGGGUGCAAUAUCGAUUGUAUGGUUGAUGGAAACUGCCCUGUUAAUACACCGGUAGGGCUUGCGGGAGUUGGCCCCGUAGCAUAAACAGAAGACUCGGACCACAUCGCAGCGGGCGUCUACCCCGAUGACCAGCACGUGCAGUUGGUGUAAACUGCUGGCAAACUGAAGGCAAGAGGAGCGAAAUACAUGCAGGACCGUAGAAAUCAUGUUCAUGAAAACAGUGUUAUUCUAUACUAAAUAAAGAA